AUGCCGCCGGACGCCAAGAACCAAGACCUCGUCGUUUUCGACGACCUCAAACACUUUCCUAUUGAGCUCCACCGAGAGAGAGACCACGCCCAGAAUAAGGUGUGCAUUCGGGCGUUUACGUGGGACGGUACCCAGCCGGAGCCGAGUACGGUCGGCAACGCAACCCUGCACCUGUUCGACAUCGUCAAGCAAAUGUUCAUGAGUGAGGAUGUCCAGCUGCAAUGGAAACAUCACGUUGUAGGUGAAUUGGAUUUGGAAAUCUGCUUUGUUUAUGGAAUAUUCGGAUUUGGCCAGUCGCACCAGCUGGAGCAGUACGACCAGGAAGUGAAGGAGAUUUUAAACCACUCCAUGUUCUGCCGCCUGCCUCCGCCUGAACAGCGCGUCAGCAAACAUGGACACUGUGAACUUCUGUCGAGCCUUCCGAUUGGUCCCCCAUCUUUCAUUCCCUUCGAGACCACCGUGGACAUCGGAAACGGCCGAGAUUUGCCGAAAGGUUCAUGUCACAGUCUGCUGGAGCAGGAGUAUCCCGAGCCGACCUCCGUCCUGGCUGCAAUCAAAGGACGACGGAGACUACACAAGUUGAAAAAGAAGCUUCUGAAGUUACCGAGCGGCAAGGAGAGGACCAACUUUCUACAUGACCUGGUGGACGAGCCGAAAGUGCACGACCAGAAGAGCAAAUAUUGGACUCCAGCUGAGACUACAUUUGAUGCAGCUGAGGUGAUCGUCCGGGAAGACAUGGCGGACUUUUUGCAAUCCGCUCCAGGUAUAGCUGGCCGAAGGAGAGUCGAAAGACAGUCCCAGGUAAUGCUUACCGAAUGA